AUGAUUGAUCAAAAGAUGAAAACUAUCGAGAAAGCCGAGGCUGAUGACUGCGCACUUGGUAGUGUGGCCAUGGAUGACAGGAGACUGCUGCGCAAAAUUGACUGGCAUUUGCUCCCUAUCAUGUUCUUGACGUAUUUCCUACAGAUGAUUGACAAAAUAUCUAUCAAUUAUGCCAAUGUGAUGGGCCUUCAAGAUGAUUUGCACAUGACGGGAAAUGACUUCUCAUGGCUGGCAACGGCAUUCUUCAUCGCAUAUGCUGUGGCGGAAAUCCCACAGGGCACCCUUCUUCAGCGGUACUCCGUUACCAAGGUGCUCGGUUUCAACAUUCUGUGCUGGGGAAUCAUCCUGUGCUGCUCCUCCGCGGCGAAGAAAUUUUCUCACAUGCUUGCGCUGAGGAUUUUACUAGGCUUAAUGGAAGCUGUGAUCGCUCCUGCUCUCACAAUAUAUACGAGCAUGUGGUACACACGCGCAGAGUCAACACCACGUUACGGACUCUGGUACUGCGGAUUGGGAGUCGGACAAAUCGUGGGAGGCCUCGUAUCCUUCGGUGCUCAACAUGCCCCGGCAAACAUGUCAUUUGGUGGGUGGCGAAUCAUGUUUGUCGUGAUUGGUGCUGUGAAUAUUCUGGCUGCAAUCCUUGUGAUAUUUUGUCUACCCGAUAACCUUGAGAAAGCACAUUUCCUCACCGAAGCAGAAAAACAACGAAUCUCGCAACGUCUUACUGAAGACCAGUCUGGGGCCGGGUCGAAGGUCUUCAGAUGGCACUCCGUUCUCGAAGCAUUUGGUGAUCUGCAAACUUGGUUACUGGUUUUACUCACUAUCCUCAUCACGAUCCCGAGCGGCGUUAUUACGACUUUCUCGGCAAUAUUGAUCAAAGGAUUUGGAUACAGCUCCAAGCAGAGUGCUCUGCUCAAUAUGCCUUCUGGCAUUGUAAGUAUCGUUGCAACCAUGGCCUCUACCUUCGCAAUUUCCAAAGGAUUUUCGCGCUGGCUAGCUAUCGAUGUGCUCUUACUUCCCACGCUUCUUGGAUCUUGCUUAAUGUCGUUUCUUCCAACCGAUAACCAAGCUGGAUGCCUUGUUGGUAUUUAUCUGGUCAACACGACUGUUGCUCCGCUGGCAUUGAUAUAUGCGUGGACCGGUGCAAAUUUCAAAGGCUACACCAUGAAGGUCUCGGGUGCAGGUAUUGUGUCUGCCGGUUUCAGCAUCGCAAACAUCAUUGGACCUCAGACAUUCCAGGCCAAGGACGCUCCACAAUACAUUCCGGCUAAAAUCACCAUCGUUGCCGUGAAUGCCGCAGCAAUCGUGGUCUCGACCUCCUUGCGGAUUGUUUACGGUAGACGUAAUUCUACUGCCGAUCGGUUAGGAAGACCUGCGCGUAGUCUGAUUGAAACGCGCCUAGCAGAAAAGUGUCAGAGUGAGGAUGUUCAUGACGACGAGAAUUUCCGUUAUAAACAAAGAUGCGACGGCGAAACGCCUUGUUCGCGAUGCAAGCGUAUGCACUUUCACCCGAGACAUGAUAGCAAACUAAUGGAAUCACCAGGUCUUGGUCAUGUUUGCAAGCCGCGCAUUCCAGAGAGACCAGCUAACUCAACCGGCGGACCGAAUGCACCGCGACGGCCACGUGCAUCGCGGUCCCGCGGCGGCUGUUUGCCCUGCAAGACAAGGAAGAAAAAAUGUGACGAAUGCCAUCCUCGCUGUAGUGAUUGCCGUCGCCUCAAUACCACCUGUCAAUGGCCAGUUAGUGCCACGCAGACUGAACCAGUAAUCCUGGAUCUGAGCGAUGGAUCCGUCUCCAAUUCAGCUCCAGGAAGCCCUGAGUAUGCUUCGAUCCGCGAUUCCGUCGGCGAAUCCAACGCUAGCCUAUCUAUACCAAGCCCGGCUUCUCCCUUUGACGCCGAGGAGUUUAUUGCCACGCUGUUCCCACACCCUUUACCGCAGAAGAAAGCCCCGGUAAUUUCAUUGGAACGGCCUUUGAUGAUAACCAAUCCUCAUCUGUGCACAGAUGAAGAUAAAUCACUUUUCAAUCACUAUGUGCAUGUCGUUUCCAGAGCGCUUUGCCGCUCUAGUACGAAACGGAAUCCUUUUUUAGUGACCCUUCUGCCAUUGGCGGCAGCAUCAGAUGCCGUCACAAGCGUCAUACUAACUUUGAGUGGUUGCCAUUGGAAGAGGGUGUAUCCGGGUAUUUGGGGAUGUGCCUUGAAGCGCCAAGGGCAAGCAAUCACACGAGUGAACGAACUACUCGGCUGUCCUGAUAAGAAAUCAAUAUUCGAAGCAUGUGCCACUGUGCUUCUUCUCUGCUUGACUGAGCUGUUCGAUGGCACCUCUCGAGUCUGGAAAUGGCACCUCAAGGCUGCAAGUGCAAUACUCAAGUCCGGUGCAUUCCCAACAGUUGCCUCUGAUGAAUGGGACUUCUGCAUUAGUCUCUUUCAUUAUCUGGACUCCAUGUCAACCAUCUCCCGUUGCAAAGCACCAUUGUUGCAAGCCACAGAGAAUUCCGGCGACGUGCCGAUCCCAAGCCGUCGAAACAGUGUACCCGAGCUGGGGCGGAACGACUCCACGGAAACCAUCUAUGGGAUUCCUCCCGCGCUCCUCGACUUACUGGGGAUGGUCAAUGUGCUGGCCAACCACCGCAGCAGACGGGUCGACGAACUGUCCGAAAUCGGCUUCCGGGCGACCGCGACACAUAUCGAAGAUGAGAUCGAUGAGUGGAGAGCUGCCUAUGAUAUGAAUGCCACAGACACCGAUAACAAGUCAGACACAAGCCAUGCAACCACUGCCUUUGAAUGGGCUAUUCGACUUCGGCUUCAUCAAAUCGUUGAGGGAUACGAUGCACUCCAUGAUUUUGUCAAGCGGGCGGUCACCACGAUUCUCGAUUGCGUGCAGGAAGUUCCCUACGCAAGUAGAGUAGAAGGGUGUCUUCUAUUCCCACUUGUCAUUGCAGGGUCUAGCAGUCUUGCUAUCGAGAGACGCAUGUCAGUCAAAGAGCGAUUGAUGGUGAUGGAAAACACCCUUGGCUUCAGUCACAUCCAUCAUGCGCGUCAACUGCUCGAGGCCGUGUGGAAUGGGAACGAAACUUCCGAUCUCAAUUGGGCUGCUGUGCGUUAUAGCCAGUUUCCCGGUGUUGUUUUCGUCUAG